AUGAGGGGCUGCAGCUAUGCCCACUAUGUGCUGGUGCGGGGCCUGGCUGUGGCUCCGGGGCCCGGGCUCCAGUCGCUCACAUGCCUCAGAGACAUUCCACCUCACCUGACACACGGCCGAGGAAUUCUGCACAUUUCACUUACUAUUCCCCGGACCGCUGCGGACUGCCCGUCAAACAGAGUGGCACGUCCAAAACCUACAACUGCUGCAGAGGCUGAGGGAGACAACAGGACCAGCCGGCCGGGCCAGCCAAGCGGGCCAGCCGGGCGGGCCAGAGGCGGCGUCUUCUUGAAAAUGUGA